AUGCUGGUGUUUGUUAGUACUUUAUUCGGACUCGUCACUCACUCUUCAAGAGCCACGUCCGCUGACGAGGGUGUAGCUGUAGUCCUUCGGACUUACCACAAGUCCCUUGCCCUUGACGGCACCGCGGUAGAUGGUUUCUAUGAUAUCGAUAAGCUCCUGUUUGUCGCGAACAGGGAAGUUGAGCUUGUUGUUGUUGCCUGUGCCAAAGUCGCACAUCAUGUGCUUGUUGCGGUAGAAGAACAUCACCGUCAUCGGGUCGUACAGCUCGUACAUCUCGUUGAAGUCGGGAACCUGGUCGAUGUCGCACAGAUAGACAACGGCAAACUGGCUGAUCUUGGCAGAAAUCCCGUACAACAGCUCGUCCAUCAGCAUGCAGUCGCGGUCGGCGUCGCGGCCAAACCGGAUCACCACCAGACGGUCGUCCUCGGACAAAAUGGCCUGGUCAACGUGCCAGCCCGUUCGAAGGUGCGGCAGAAAUACGCUUCCCAUGUUUUCACAGAUUAA